AUGUUGCAAAGAAACACUCCACGGUCACUUAUUAGAUCCAAUCACCUCAAAACUUUUGCUCGAGGAAUUAAAUCUACUGUUCAAAACACAGAUUAUAAACUACAGCAAGAUGACAUUCCACAAGAUGGUACCAUAUUUAGUAUGAUUCAACCCACUGGGAUGUUCCAUUUAGGCAACUACCUAGGAGCCACUCGAGUUUGGAGUGACAUAUGUAAUUUGAAAACGUCUGUAUCCCUAAAGGACUCACCUAAAUUGAUAUUUGGCGUUGCAGACCUUCAUGCAAUCACAGUCCCCAAGCCCCACCCUAAUUCUACACAAUUACGAAAAUACAGACAUGAAGCAAUUGCUAGUAUUCUUGCAGUGGGAGUGGACCCCAAGAAAGCGAUAAUAAUGUACCAAUCUAGUAUUCCUGAACAUACACAAUUACAUUGGAUAUUAUCUACCAUUGCCUCGAUGGGAUAUUUAAAUCGAAUGACACAAUGGAAAUCUAAAUCCAAAGCAGAAUCUACAGCGGACACGAAUGUAAGAUUAGGAUUAUUUUCAUAUCCAAUUUUACAAGCUGCAGAUAUCUUAUUAUAUAAAUCUACACAUGUUCCAGUGGGUGAUGAUCAAGCUCAACAUUUGGAACUUUGUAGGAGUCUAGCUGUACAAUUCAAUAAGAUGUAUCGUACUAAGAUUUUCCCUAUUCCUAGGACCAUAUUGGCACCAACGAAGAAGAUAUUGAGUUUGAAAUCGAGUGAGAAGAAAAUGUCCAAAAGUGAUCCUAAUCAUGAUUCUGUAAUUUUCAUGAAUGAAACAUCGGAUGAGAUUUCUAGGAAGAUUAAGUCCGCGUUGACGGAUAGUAUUGUUGAUCAUUUUGAGUAUGAUCCUGAGAAUAGACCGUCUGUGUCCAAUUUGAUCAAUAUCUUGAGUGGUAUUCAAAGGAAGUCGAUAGAAGAGGUUGAUCAAGAGAUAAGCUGUAUGAAUAAUUAUAAAAGUUUUAAGAAUCAUAUUACCGAAGUGUUAGUGGAGGGAUUGAAAGGACCAAGGUUAAGAUUUGAACAGUUGAUGAAAGAUCCGGCGUAUUUAGAGACGGUAUUAGAGCAAGGCACACAGGGGAUAGGCAAGGGAAAUAGCACAGGUGACCAUAGAUGA